UAGACACAUGUCAAAAUUAAGGACGUGCGGGUUUAUCUAUUACCUUUGAUCAGACAGUAAUGGCUAGAUCUAUGGCUGGUAAAGUAUGUAUAGUGACAGGAGCAACAAGGGGGAUCGGUAAAGGUAUAGCAUUACAGCUAGGACAAGCUGGUGCUACUGUCUACAUAACAGGAAGAACACUAACAGCCUUAAAGGGUGACCCAGUUGGAGGUUCAUUAACCGAUACGGCUAACGAGAUUGAGAACAGAGGAGGGAAAUGUAUCCCAGUGCAAUGUGAUCAUUCCAAAGACAGUGACAUUGAGGAAUUGUUUAACCGUGUUUCUAAAGAACAAAACGGUCAUUUAGAUCUUCUUGUCAACAAUGCAUACGCAGCUGUAAAAGCAAUCUCAGAUAACAUCGGCAAGCCAUUCUGGGAACAGCCUAUCACAAUGUGGGAUACUGUUAAUAUUGUAGGACUAAGAAACCAUUAUCUGUGUUCUGUGCAUGCAGCAAAAUUAAUGACCGCAAGGAAAACUGGUUUAAUUGUUAAUGUAUCGUCAUUUGGUGGUCUUAAGUACCUCUUUAAUGUACCUUAUGGCGUUGGUAAAGAAGCAAAUGAUAGAAUGGCAGCAGAUUGCGCUGUAGAAUUAAGAAAAAUGAAUGUAGCUUUUGUCAGCUUAUGGCCUGGUCCUGUUAAUACAGAAAACAUAAAAGAGUUAAUGAAAACAGGUGGUUUUGGCACAGAUAAACCUGCAUCAGGCAAUAUGCCAAAAGUUGAUGUUGCUAAAUUAUUUGUCAAUGGAGAGACACCGGAGUAUGCAGGAAAGGCAAUUGUAGCCUUAGCAACAGAUCCAAACAUUAUGAAGAAGUCUGGUAAAAUUUUAAUUACAGCAGAUCUUGGUUAUGAGUAUGGAUUCAAGGAUAUCGAUGGAAAAGAUCCAUCUAAUAUAAGACAAGUGAAUGAACUCCUCAAAAUGAACCCAAAGACAAAUUGGAUUGCUAACUUUGUUCCAAAUUUUGUAUACAUUCCAAAAUGGAUGUUGGCUUUAGCUGGAAAUAAACUUUAGUUUAAACAAUAUUUAUUUAGAUAAAUCAUCACAUGACGAUAUGAUACAAUUGAAAUAAAUAUUUAGGAUUCAGAAACAAGCAAAUUUGCUUUUACAAAUCUGUCUCCUAUAAGUAAACUCUGAUUUAUUGCAUUUAUUAUGUAUAGUGCCACCUCCGGGUGCACAGUCAAGGAAGACUUUCUACCUACAUAUGGAUUCUUGAUUAGAAUAAAAGUACCUUGGAUAAGUGUUUAUUAACAAAUUUGUAUUGUACGUUAAAAUGAUAAGGAUAGUAAAGAAUGUGCAUGGUUUGUUUGAUUGGUCAUUUUAUAGAAAUUUCAGCAAAAUAAUGUAUAUAUCAAACAGUUUUAAUCACAAUAAAUUCAUUUACCAGUUG